AUGUCUCUCAGAAAGCCAGUAAGUCGUCAGGUGUCACUAUCAUUUGAGCAAUGGAGUGCUGAAGAUAUUUCCACAUCGUUAAGUCAUAUUGAUUAUAAAGCUUUAUACAGAAUUCCGAUCUCAGAACUUAAAACGUAUUGUAAUGAAGGUAAACUAACUCAAAGAACGCCUGUUUUAGAACGAUCUAUUGCAAUUUUCAAUAGUCUGUCUAACUGGGUACAAUAUAUGAUACUUAGUAAAACAACUGCCGUUGAACGAUCCCGUAUUAUUGCAAAAUUUGUUGAAGUAGGAAAACAUUUAAGAAAAUUAAACAAUUUUAAUACUUUAAUGGCAGUCAUUGGUGGUGUAUCGCAUAGUAAUAUUGCUCGAUUAUCAAAGACAAAUUCAGCACUUCCAUCACAUACCAAAAAGGAAUUAGCAAAAUUAACACUUCUUUUAUCAACGCAAUCGAACUUUGCAAAUUACAGAAAAGCUCUGCAGGGAACCGACGGACAAUUUCGCAUUCCAAUAAUGGGUGUACAUCUAAAAGAUCUGAUAGCUUGGCAAUGCAGAGAAGGUAAACUGAACACUUAUUCAACGUUAUCCAAAGAUCGUAUUGAACGUCUUGCUCAUCACCUAUCUUUUUUUGUUUCACUGGAUAUUAGUUACAACGAAGAAGAGAUCUAUAAGCUUUCGCAAAAACGAGAACCAAGACUGUUGAUAAGAUUUCCAAGUUCUUCACGUCCAACAGUGUUCGCAGAAUGGGCAUCUGGUGUCAGUUGUACACUAGAUCAAGAAACCGUCAAUAAACAUAUAACAGCUAUGGUGGACGCUGUUUUCAAACACUAUGACCACAAUAAAGAUGGUUUUAUAUCGCAAUCAGAAUUUCAACAAAUAGCUGGCAAUUUUCCAGAUGGCCAAAUUACUAAGGAAGAAAUGAAGUCAUAUUUUAUAACUGUCAAUAAGCAGUCAAUGGAAUUCCGACAUGGAUUUAAGCACAGCUUUGUUGAAGCAUCGUUUAUUAGCCCAGUGCUCUGUGCACAUUGCGAAAAACUGGUAAUUAUGCUAAUAUAA